AUGGAAACAAGAGAGGCACCACCUGCACAUUUUCUGACGAAGAUCGAAUCUUUCUCCUCGUUUGGCACGUGCGGGAUCGACAAAUUCGAAUCGAAUGAAUUUACGGCCGGAGAAUACAAAUGGAGACUAAUAAUCUAUUGCAACGAAAACGAUAGCGACUAUGUAUCCGUAAACUUGGCUAUGGCGGACACAAGUUGUCUUUCCGCGAACGAGGAAGUCAAUGUUGUCUUCAGCAUCUUUCUUCUUAAUCAGAUUUCGGGCAAUUAUCUUUCUUCAACGGGAAGAACGAGACGUUUCGUAGGAAUAAAGUCGGAAUGGGGUUUUGCGAAAUUUAUCUCUAGGGAUUUUCUGUUGGAUUCGUCAAACGGAUACCUCGUCAACGACAACUGUGUGUUCGGCGCUGAGGUUUUUGUCCUUACAAGAGAAGCAAUCGUCGAAUGCGUGUCUUUGACAAGCGUUCGCAAUUGGACGAUUUCAAGCUUCUCUAAAAUCAGAUAUAUAUGGCAUUCUAAAGAAUUCAUUGCUCAAGGCCAAAAAUGGAGAGUCGUAGUUUACCCGAGAGGAGACACUAAUGUGGUUAACCGAGGCGUCUCCAUCUAUUUGUGCUAUCUUGGUUCUGAAAGAGUGCUACUAUGUAAUUACACUAUAUGGAUCGAAAACCAGGUUUCUGAUAAUCACAAGAAACGAAACUCUACUGAUAGGGUGUUUACGAAAACCAAUUGUGAUUGGGGAUGGGCUUCAUUCAUCGAGGUUGCAACUAUUAAUGAUCCUAAAAAGGGAUUCAUUGUCGACGAUUCUUGUCGCCUACAUGUUGAAAUCUCUUGUGCCAAAGUUGUUUGA